UUUAUGGGAAAGGACACAUUUUUUAUUGAAUAACUUGAAGAAAGUUUGUGGUGUGUGUCGGUGUGUGUAUACGUGCAAAUUCAUUUUUUCUUUUUACAAUGAAAUAGGUUGAACAAUGAAAUGAGUAACUGCAUUUUGGACUUACUUAUUUAUUAGGCAUAAGUAUGUGGUUGUUUUUAUGACCGGGUCCUUAACGGCCGUUAACCAUGUAAACUGUAUUUUCCCUUGGACACGUGUUUAAUAACAGAUUCACACAUUAAACCAUAGUUUCUCAAAGCAUCAGAGCGGUAGUCUAUCAAACACCAAUACAAACAGCAAACUCUACGCCCACAUGUUGAUAAACCCAUUUGUUUAACUCCCAGGCUCAGCCUCAUGCACGUGCAUGGGGAAGAACCGUGCGUUCCAGCACUCAGACGGGUCCUGUCUGUGUCGGACUGGCUUCAUCUUCUACAACCAGCUGGACUUUAAAAGCUCCAGCGCAGACAGUCAGGUGGACUGCCAGCCUGAGGUGAAUAGGCGCUGCGCCGCGGGACAGGUGCGGCUGGCGGCGUCCCGCGAGUGCGUCUCCCCCUCCCUGUACCCGUGCAACGUCACCUGCGGAGCCCACGGCGGGACGGUGGACCCGGAGAUGGGCAUCUGUCGGUGUGAGCGCUACGUGUCCUCCGAGGAGCUGUGCAACUCUUCCUGCGUGGCCGGCCUGCCGCAGCUCUCCGCCCGGCUCGCCGCUGACGGACAGCUCAUCCUCAGCCUGCAGCAGAUGGACAGACGGCUGUGGGUCCGGAAUGGCAGGGAUAUUUUGGGCCCCGAUGUCCAUUUGAAGAACAUUGGGAAGGUCCAUGUAGUCCAGUUUGUCCCUGAUGGCGUGUUUGGUUGGAUCUUCACGGACAGAACAUUGAUGAUUCAAUUUCUGUCAGAUGAGGGGGAACUCCUUCACGACAAGGAUAGGAGUAAGAGAGACACAGAAACCAAAGGGACUGCUCGGACGCCCGUCACUCUUCCACGAAUCCCGAAUCCCAUCGGCUGUCUGUCCUCUGGAGACAUGAUAGUGUUCCAGCUCACCAUCAACCACACUGACCGCAGCCUCAGCCACUUCCCGGUGUAUCACAAAGACCACCUGUUCAACAGCAACCCCGGCUGGGAUUUCGGGGCCUUCCGGCGUCUCCAGGUCCUCAUGAAGCAGACACACUUCAACUCAACAAGGUUCGCCCAUGUGUUCUCGGAGACAGGGAAGUACGUGCUGGUGGACAGCGCAGUGCCUGAGAGGAGUGUGGUGGUGGUGGUGAGUGACAGGGGGACGCAGUGUGACCCCAGGGCGGCCGUGUUCCAGCCCCAGACCCCCGCACAGCUGGUCCGCUUUGGGAUCCUCAAGCAACCCCGCCUCAACCUGCUGCCCGACUGGGGGGUCAUCGUCGCGGUCCUGAGUCUCCUGCUGCUGCUGGUGGUGGUGCUGACCAGUAUAGCGCUGGUUCUGAGGCCCAGCAAAGCCAAGCUGAUCCUGCAGUGGAGGAACAAACCACGCUGGCGGAGCCUGGGGGAGCCCUGCUGUCCCGUGGAGUACCUUCCCCAGGGAGACAGCGUAUCCGCCCCACUAAACUGUGCAGGCCUACUAGGUAACAGAGGAGUAGGAGAGGGGGCAGAGGCAGAAGAACCUGCCGUCUCAAAGGGAGAGCGUUUUGACUUGGAGGAGUUCAACGUUAAAACCCUGUACGACAAACUGGAGGACCAAAACCUGCACCUGGCUUCACAGUUGGCCCGCCACCGCAAAGACACACAGGAAUUCUACAGGAACAUGUGCCAGCAGGCCGAUGGCUUACAGAAUCUUUUAGAAAACAUGGAUGAAAAGAAAUUAAGUCUUCUGAAGGAGCUGGGCCUUGACUCCAUGGAGCGUAAGCUCUAUGCUGGGGGAGAGAAGAAAAAACAAGCCGAUGCUUCUGUGGCCCUGCUGGGUGCUGUUCUGGGGUCUGUGGAAGCCCUCAUACUCCGGCUGACGGGGGAAGGCUGGCAGAAUCAGGAUCUGCCCUCACCACCCCACUGCCUAGACAACCAUGAGUGUGAGGAGUAUGGACAAAACAGCGAAGCACACGUGUGUGAUCCACAGUCGUCCCCGAGGAAUUUAACCAAAAUAGCAGGUCCUCAUCAAGAUUCAGGCCAUUCGCUGAGUGACCAUGACCUGUCCAAGCUGGUGGCCAUAACUCCUCUGUCUAGAACUCUGCAGGAGAUCCAGCAAUCUCUACAGAAUCUAACUUCAGCUGGCCCUGAUGUUAACGACCAGGCUGUUAUUGAAGACCAGCCCCUGCAGCCAAUUCCGGUCCCCCUGGACAAUCUUCCUCCACAGCACUCUGCCAUUUUCCUGUUUGGUUGCCAGGUGAUGCGGUUGCUAGGCAAAUUGCCUUUGUUCCCGCCUGUGCUUUUGUUGAUCGCAAAGUCCAUCCCUGUCUCCUCCUGGUCCUCCCCGGGGGGUUUGCUGGCGCAUUGCUCGGGGGGCUUUUACUUUGACAAGAGCAAUCAGAUACUCUACCUCUCUGAGGCCAAGCUUCAGCACGUGGGUCAGUUCAUCGCCACCAUCCUCCAGGCCAUGGCCUAUGUGGCAUCAGGGUCCAGGCCGCAGAUCUUUAUGCAGGCCCUUCAUCAGGCAAUAUCAGCGCUGAGCCUUCAGCUCUUCAACGUCUCCUUUAAGUUGGACCAGAUGGUGUUGUUUCAGCCGGAAGACUCUGAGGCUCCACAGAGGUCACAGCACGGCUCGUUACCCGACGACUUCCUCAACGUCAGCGUCCCCUACGAGGAGUAUUUCACUGAGGAUCUCCUAGCUAGCAGACUUCAGAAAUACAAGUUUUUCAAAUUAGAGCAGCUAAUCAGAGAUCUGAAACAUGGACCACAAACAGCUAAGCAGAGAAACAUGGGUGUAUCCCCUGAAGGUAAUCCUGCUCAGGUCUCCUCCAUAGAGGAGGAAAUAGAUCGCUUGAAUGAAUCCUUCCUACAUCUGAGUCUCCAGCUGCAGAAAAGAGGUCAGAUGCACACUCAGCGCUGGGAGAGUCAGCAUACUUCAACCGAUCAUGCGGCUAGGCCAGCCGGCACAGAGCUGCCAGCCCUCAGUCGUAAUGGAACAAUCCUGGUGGAGCUCCAAAGACGAUACGUGUCCCAGAAACUCGACGAGCUGCAAAUCACAUUAGAGCAGAGAGGACCGUGCCAGCGGCCCGAUGGCCCCUCACAAGACGGGCCCAAGAAGAACCCAACAGCCACCGACAGCUACACCGCUCAGCAGGGGGGACACACCCCCGGCCCAGAAGACCAUCAGAACCACCACGACCACGGGGCUCUUUCAGAGGGCUGCAGGCAGGACACGGCUCCAACUUAUUACCACAGUCAGAGCCAACCAUCGGUAGUCGCAGAGAGCGGACAGUUUGGAAACUAUUUAUUAGAAGGGCAUGUUUCCGACCAGAAGGCUCAAGCUUCCUGAAAGUUCCAGCGAUGGUGAUGAUACAUGCAUGGCCGACUGAUGAAUACCAGAGCCUCCCGAGUGCAAAGACCCAGGGAAAAGCGGAGUUGAAUUGUCAGAUAGCAGAGGAGUGGCUGACAAGAGGCACAGAUAUAGACGACCUAAUCACCCGGCGCCGGGUCUGAAUGUAGAUAAAUAGCUGAGGUUUUAGUUAUUCGUCAUAUUUUUCUUUCUCUCUCUUAUAACUCUUUUCUUCCCUAUCUUAUAACUGAAUAGAUGACGUUGACAAACGACUGAGAAUACUCAAUCAGAUUCUCUGGGUUUUUUGAGGUUCUUGAAUUUGACAGGAAUGACGAAUUAUACUUUGCACAGGCUAUAGAAUAAGUGAGUGAGUGCAGAUUUCAUCAUACCUGAUCCAGAACAGAAAUAUUCUCAGCCUGGCAAGAGUUGUGUAACACAAUCUGUCAUCUUGUCCAAAUAGUUUCCAAGUCAGGAGUUCUACAGGCCGUGUCGGUAGCAGCCCACUGGUUGCCACACUUGUAUCAACACAUCCAAUAAUAGGCUGUUGCCGCUGCAGAUAAAACUGAGACAGAUCAUGAGAUGUUUUCCUGCCUUGGCCUGUGUGACCUUUUCUUUCAUGUUCCUUUCACCUUGUUCUGCCCGUCUUCCUCAUUCACACGGCCAUCCACAAACCGGACCACUAACAGAACCAGAACCUGAAGUACACAUUAAACAUUGUGAACCUGCUCCACUAUGUGCCGUCUUUCUCCAUUUCUGAGGACAGUGCUCAGGGUCCCAUAAUAGAAAGUGAGUUUUUCUUCAGGGGACAAUAGUCAGUGAGCCAAUUCCGAAGGUCAGCCAGGCAACAAGGACUUCAGUUGCUAUCAGUGUUAGGUUUGAGCUCCAUGCCAAAUCCUUUUGGCAGAGAGAUACACACUGCUCUGCUGAUCCAAUGUUCCCUUUUGAGUGUGAUGUGGAUUUUGGAAAGCAUGUGUUAAGGUAUGCCUGUGCAUUCGGUGGGAGGAAAAACAGGGGUUUUGUCUGCCCCUGUUCGUGUUCAUCAAGACAGUCAAAGAGAGUGAGGGAAAAGAGAGAGGACAGAGAAUGGUAACGAUGGGGAUGGGCACGAGUAGUAAAUUCCAAACUCGAGUGAUCGAAGGAAUUCCUCGAGGAUCAAUCGAGUACUCGUUAAAUCAAAUCUAUUUUUAGAAUGCAACGCAUCUGCAGCAGGAAUAGGCCUGAUGAUGAACGGCAAUAUUACCAACCAAACAUGUAAUGCUUAUUCUCCAUCAAAACAGUCAGAGUUAUCAGAGUAUUCAUUAUUUAUUUUUGCAAACGUUCAAAACACAUUUUCCUUACAAAAAUAAAUAUGCGUCUCACAAUUUAAAUCACGUCGAACCAAGGCCUGUAACA